AUGCAGUUCUACCUCAUAGUAUCAACGAUUGUUGCAACAAUCUUUUCUAUUCUUGUAUACCGUUUAUUACUCCACAAAAAGAGUGUAAAGACAGCGAAGAACCAAAAACCACCGCAAGCAAAUGGGGCAUGGCCGAUAAUCGGACACUUACACCUUUUAGGUGGACCUGAACUACAUCAGAAGGUUUUCGGUGACAUGGCAGACAAACAUGGCCCUAUUUUCACCAUCAAGCUCGGUGUGCAUGAAGCUUUGGUGGUGAACGAUGCAGCGAUAGCUAAGGAAUGCUUUACUACCAACGACAAAGCCUUUGCAAGUCGACCAAAAGCGGAGGCAGCAAAAAUCUUGGGCUAUAACUAUGCUGCAUUUGGCCUGGCUCCAUAUGGUGAAUAUUGGCGAAAAGUACGCAAGAUGGUGGUGUCGGAGGUUCUUUCUCAACGAAGAGUUGAGAUGCUUGGACAUAUUCGAGCUUCAGAAGUUAGAGCAUCCCUUAAAGAUUUAUAUGAUGGUUGGGUAAAGAACAAACUUGGUAAAAAUUCAGAGAUGGUGAUGGUGGAUAUGCAGAAAUGGUUUGCGAACUUGAUUGUAAACAAUAUGGUUAUGGUAAUUAUAGGAAAAAGCUAUUUCGAUGUGGGCGGAUACAAAAAGGCAAUGAAGACUACUCGGAAGGAUUUGGACAAAAUAUUUGACCGAUUUGUAAAGGAGCACAGAGAGGAGAGUAAAACUAUACAACACGAAGGGAACCAAGACUUCAUGCAUGUGCUAAUUUCCAUUAUUCAAGGUGUUUUUGAAGAGGAAUUAAACGGUGUUGAUCAUGACACGAUUAUCAAGGCGACAUGUUUACAACUACUACUAGCAGGCACCGACACGACACAUUUGACAUUAACGUGGGCUUUAUCGUUGUUACUCAACAACCCAAAAGCAUUAGAAACUGUACAAGAUGAAAUUGAUGAGCAUGUUGGAAGGGAUAGACUUGUAAAGGAAUCGGACUUGAAGAACUUAGUCUACCUCAAUGCCAUCAUUAAAGAAACUUUUCGCUUAUACCCAGCUGGACCUCUCGCUGUUCCUCAUGAGUCACUUGAAGAGUGUAAUGUGGGUGGCUACAAUAUUCCGAAAGGAACUCGUCUGUUGUUAAAUAUUUGGAAGAUUCAACGUGACCCAAAUAUUUGGUCAGAUCCUGACGAAUUCAAGCCUGAGAGAUUCUUGACAAGUGACAAGGAUAUCGAUGUCAAGGGAAACCAUUAUGAAUUGCUUCCUUUUGGUAGUGGAAGGAGAAUGUGCCCUGGUGUUUCCUUUGCACUGCAGGCUUUGGGUUUAACGUUAGCUAGUUUGCUACAACAGUUUACGAUCAAAAAACCAUCAGACGACGUUGUUGAUAUGACGGAAAGCAUGGGUAUGACUAACGGUAAAGCAACACCACUUGUUGUCCUUUUGGGCCCUCGUUUAUCCACUAAUAUGUAUGAAAGUGGUCCAUGA